AUGGCUCUAGCUAUGCAAUCUGCAGCGUCUACCGCGGCGCAGGACGCCGAUUUGAUGGAUAUUGACAUUGACAUGGAUAUGGAUGAUCAAGGCCCGCCUCUUGAUGACGAGUUCCAACUCGAAGAAGGCGAAGAACCCUCAUUUGUUCCCUCCGGCACGCAUGCUGCCACCGAUUCUUCCAACCUCAUCCCAGCCAUCUACACUGAAGAUCCGGCACUUGAACCACAAUGGAACAAAGUCCACAUCCGCGGCGUUGACGAAAUGCACACGAACGAUAUUCUUGCCUUUGUACACGACCACUUUAGCGAAGUCGGCGAUGAUGUACAUGUCCAGUGGAUUGACGAUACCUCUGCGAACAUAUGCUUCAGUGACAACGAUACUGCGAAACGAGCGCAUCUCGCCUUCCUCGCAGCCCCCAUUACCGUUGAAGAAUUGACGAAUAACCCGUUCGAACUGCGCGCUGCGAAACAAUUGGCCAGCAGGCCGGGAAGUAUGCUUGUGGUUCGUGUCUCUCGGCAGGGAGAUAGAAAGAAGAAAGGUGCAAGGGAUGCCAGCAGAUACUACCUCAUGCACCCAGACCAAGAUCCCACGGAACGAAUGCGGAAAGAAUUUGAGAACAGCCGGGGUGACUACAGACGCAGAAGAUUUGACGACCGCGAACUACACAGACGAAGGAGAGAUAAUGACCGUGCGAAUGGAGAUGAUGCAGGGGGUUUCUCGGCAAACAUGUACGACGAUGCACCCACGACAGAUACAGAGGUCAAUAAAGCAAGAGGUCGAGAUCUCUUUUCUCGCGCCACGAAGGGGAGACGACGGAGCGCUAGCCCAGGAGUACGGACACGCGGCAGUGAUGAAAUUGACAUCUCAGAUUCAGAUGAUGACGGACGGACUCGACGGAGAGGAUAUCGCGAUCGCAGUGACCGCUUCCGCUCCAACGCAGGAAAAGAGCUGUUUGCAUCGACCGCUUCAGAUACCAAAGUUGGUGGUCUACGUUCCGAUAGACUCGAACUCUUUCCCAACAAAGCUUCGGAUGUAGACACCUCGAUGUCGACCGAUCUAGCUCCUGCACCACUCAGAUCAACCUCCGACGCGGCAAGCAUUCGUGCCAAUACCGCCGCUGCGAUGCGCUUGAAGGCCGAUCUCCUUUCCGCCGCACAAACUUCUCCUCGCUCAAAUCACAGAAGAAGCCAUGCCAUGGACGCCAAAAAUGAAGAGAACCUCGCCGAGAGGUUUGCCAGAAAGAGCAUUUCGAUCGAUAGCACCAAGUCAAUGAGAAACGGGGCGUCAAACGUCGGAGUUGAAUUGUUCCCAUCGAGUGGCGGAAACGCUAGUGGUCUAUCUAUCAAAGGGUCAUCUGAGAGCGGAGGUGCGGGAGGGUUCAGCAUCAAAGGCUCCGGAGGGCUGAGCAUAAAGGGCCGCGCUCUGGAGGUCAAAGAAUUGUUCCCCAACCAGUACAAUCGGACCAGCGGGAGGAACGAAGGGAAGGAGCUAUUCGACGAGCCAGUCAGGGAGAAGCGGGUGAGAAGGAGGGCAGGAGAUUUGUUUGACUGA